GGGCUGGGCCUUCUAAUGUGGUGCUGCUGCUCCGAGUGCAGCGAGCUCCGUUGCUCGGCCAAUUCCAUCCCCCGUCUCCUCCCCUCCUCCCCCAGCCUUGCUGGCAUGGCCAUCCUCUUAUUCUCGCAUGAUCUUAGUCAUUCUGUGCUCUUGCUGUAGGGCUCUCAGGUGUGGUGGCUCUAUUUGAGGUGGAGUUGGUUGCGGGAACGGAACAGGGCGCCAUUGCAGCGUGGAAUUUAGGGUUGAUGUUGUGUUCUUUCUAGAUCCGCGGAGGUCGUUUCGAUGGUUGACUUGUGAGGAGAUUCUGGCGGGAUUGGGGUCUGUGUUGUCGACCGGAGCAGAGCGCAGGAGGAUGGGGUUGUAGUGACUUUGAUUUUGGGGGUCUAUUGGACGGCUACGGAGGUGGGGUAGAUGUUUCAGGUUUGGAGAGUGCAGUGUUGGAUCAGGUUUUAGCGUUUGAGGUGGUGGUUAGUGGUGCUGAUCAAUGCAAGAGGAGUUGAUUGUGCGGAGAGGAGAUCGGUCAAGGUUUUGGUUUUUAGAUGCUUUUCCGAGAUGGGGGAGGAGAUGCAUCUAGGAAAGGUGCUUAUUUAUUUGACAUCGGCAUUGUAGUAUCCGGCGAUGGUGCUGCGGAUAUUUCACGACUGAGGUUGAAAGCGUGGUGGUUCUAAAGGGAGUGAAUGAAUAGGUGAAUGUUCUGGAGUUAGUGGGGGAUUUUAUUUAGUGAUGAAAAUGUUGGUGUCCUUGAGUGGACUGGGUGAUUGGGAUUCGGUUCUGUGACGUUAGUUAGAGCUAAGCUGUAGUGCGAUGUCGUUCCUGGAGUCGUUCCCCUUUCUUGGGCGAAGGGGGAAGGCUCUAACUGAUGGGCAUGAAUCAGGCCUCGGUUUGGCUCCAGGUUUACCAAGGAUAGCUCGACACCCUCCACCGUCUCUGAAAGUCACUUUAGAGAGAAAAGUUUACAGACCGGGUGACACAGUAGUUGCUACUAUCGAAAUCACUAAUGACACGCAUCCGGACAAAUUUGGAAUGGUGCGGGAUCUGAUGGCUGACGCAGUUUUGAUGGAGGACAUAUCAGUGGAAGUGCGAGGCAUAGAGAAACUCGAUCCGCAAUGGCUUAUUACUCCAAAACCACCGGCUGGGUCGAAGCAACGAAGAGGAGAAAGGACGAUAUUGAAGUCUUCUUCAGCUGUAAUUACUGCCGAUGUCGUUAUCCCUCAAGGCUCUAAGAUUUCUUAUAUGGUACGCACGAUUCUUCCUAGAGUAUUGCCCCCAACAUUUCGAGGCACUGCAGUACGGUAUCUUUACUACAUCACUGCCGCCAUUCGUUGGUCACGUUGUGCUCCAGAAAAUGGACAUCGUCCCUCUUCGUCUGCAAAUUUUGAACGUCUGGAAGUACGGACUGCGUUGCCUAUCUGGACGCUACCGGACACCAACGGGCUGACGCUUGACGAAUCGCACUAUGGCCAGUCUGGAAUUGUACCCCCGUAUGCUUUGGAAGUUGAGAUUCAAUGGAAAGAGAAUAACAGUGAUAGUGUUUGGGCUUGGGCUGCUGAUUCCAGGAAUGGAGAAGACAGGGUCAGUACUCCAAAGUCUGAUGGUGGUUCUACAUUUACAAGCCCUACAAAGUCAAUUUCCUUGGAUCGCUUCGAACGCUCGUAUUCAAUUUCCUCUCGAGCUACUCCACUACAGCUGGACCCCUCAUUUUCUACUCCAUCUUUAAGCAGAAGAGACUCACUUUCUACAUCUGCAUCAAUGGCUGAUUUGACUUCAACUCCUGCAAGGUCGAAGCAACAUGGUGCUCUUGAUUCCGGGUUAGGACAUAAAAGAGCGUGCAGUUUUGAUAGCUUGACAAAUGAAGCAUUACUUGCAAGUUUCCAUCAUCAUGUGAAUGGAGGUGACUUCAGCCAUGGCCACAGGGUUGAGGAGGAAAGUGUUCUAGAUUCUCCGCAUUCACCGGCUGCUGUCUAUAACCGAGGGAAGUCUUACAAUAUUCGGAUGGACGACGAUGUGCUUGUCAAGUUUUCGCCCAAGAAUCCAACAUCCACAUAUUAUUUUGGUGAUGUGGUAGCUGGAACUUUACAAUUUUUCCAUGACGACAAGAGGAGGUGCUUAGAGGUGACAGCAGUUUUAGAAACAAGGGAAAUAUUAAAUCCAGCAUCUAUACACCCUUCCCGCAAAAAUUCCUCAACAAUUACAAAGGUCCAUUCCGAGUACUACGAGAUCGUGAAUGACGUCAUCAGCACACAGUUUAUGUUCUCCAUACCUCUGGACGGUCCUGCAUCUAUGGUUACCCCUGUGUUGUCCCUAGAAUGGAUCCUCCGCUUUGAGUUUGUAGCUACCCCAUCAAACGUGGACUGGAAUAAGUUUGAACACCCAAUGUUGAUAGAUGUAAGCCAACGUCGAAAGGGUGAAUGGACUCUACCAAUUACCGUCCACACUACCCCUCCAAAGAAAUCCCCGCCUGGAGCAGAAAAACCUUCAAAGAAUUCGUGGGCUCGGAGUCCGAGUGACAUAUACAAGUCUCUGUUUGAAGAAUACCCAGAAAGAGGGUCUGAUGCGGCUUCUGCAUCUGGAAGCGUCGCAAGAGAUCAAACUUAGAGCUACCUGAGUGUUGUGGAGUGCAGUUAGGUCCUCAUUUUAAUCAAAGAAAAAUCUCUUGCUCCUUUCUUCCACUCGCUUGAGGUUUUCGUAUUGAUAUUGAAGGGGUAUUGGAGUUGCAAUUCAGUGUUAGCUAGUUGAGCACACUCUCAAAACUUUUAGGUUCAAGCAGUAGUUCUCGUCAACGUCUAGGUUUUUUUGUGUAUUGUAGCAUUAUCAUUUUAUGAUUCAUGGACUUGAAAGGAUGCAAAUUCUGUCCACGCACAACUCACUUUCCUCUAGUUUGUGACAUUGAACUACGAAGAUGUGGGGACUUUGUUGCUGCACUCCUCAAUUUUAGGUCAAUGUGCAGAUUUCCUGUGCCUCCA